AUGCCAACUACGCAAGUGAACAUAGUCGUAUCGCAACCAAGAAUCAUUGCCGGAGAUGUGCUACACGUCAGCGUCCUAGUAGAUUCAGCCGACCCCAGCACUGUUAUACAAAGCCUUACAGCAGAAGUCAAAGGCGUUGGUCGAACAGGAUGGGUAAACAUUCACACGGAUAAAAUCUUCGAAACUGAGAAGUUAUACUUCCUAAGCCAAUUCGCGCUAUGUCCUCCCAACAUGCCAAUUAACGUCGGUAAACAUCAAUUUCCCCUGCAGGUUUUGAUACCAGAGGAUGCACCUAGCAGCUAUGAAAGCCAGUUUGGAACUGUACGAUAUCAUAUUAAAGUAAUUCUGUCUGCCAACACGGACCAGGCUUCUUGUACCGAAGUGUUUCCCAUCGUAGUCCUGGCUCGUUCGUCCUUCGAUCAAGUUCCUGUAAAUGUUUUAUCGCCAAUCGAUUUCAAAGACGAGGUUGAUUUCACUUGCUGUACAUUGCCAUUUGGUUGCGUAUCUCUGAUUGUCUCCCUCCCACGCACAGCAUUUCGACUAGGAGAAGGAAUUGAAGCACAGGUCACGGUACACAACCGGACGCGAAAGGGCUUGAAAGAAUGUGCUCUACAGCUAUGCAUGAAAACUCAAUUUGAAGCAAUGAGCAGAUAUGAGCAUGUAAAUGAGAAGAAACUGAAUGAACAUCUAAUCGAGAUGGCUGCGCUCGGAAAAGUGAAAGCAAGGCACAAACAGGUCUUCGCGAAAUGUGUGAUAAGAAUUCCCGAAGGUGCUCCACCCACUCAAAACUAUCAUCGAGGUGGUGGCGACACCGCAAUCAUUGCCAUUCACUAUGUUCUCAAAUUUACAGCUCUUCCAGGCAUCGAAUGUGAAAUUCCACUUAUUGUUACCUCAAUAGGCUACGCAGAUAAAGCAAAACAUGCAGCAUUCGUACUGCACUCACAGCGAAGAAGUCCUGGUCAACAACGGGUCAUUCGGAAUAUCAUGGAAGAGAAAUUGAUGUGCUAAUAUAUUGCCUCUAUCAAAUAAAGUGUAAAACA